AUGGUGCUCAAGGGAACCCCUCCGGUCUCCCUGCGCACCAUCCCUCCCAAUUCCAUAGGUUCGGGAAAGAGGGUGCGGGAGGAUGGAACAACCAGACCCCAGUCUAGACGUCCACGAGUAGCCAGCAUGUUGUCUAGCGUGAUGGACAUGUCCACCAGCUGGUCGAAGUUGAGGUGGUGUCUCUACAGACCAGCUCCCAACGGACGUCCUCGCAUGAUAGAGGCGCUCACCCGCCGCUUUGAAAAAUAUCCGGAUAUGACGGGUGAACUCCUCAAAAUGGUCCAACGCCGCAUCCUCCUCUCUACACACAGCGCUGGCCCAUUCCAGGGCUUUCCCGGUGAGGCACGAGAUGAGGGAAAGCCCAGCCACCAGCCACCAGCCACCAGCCACCAGCCACCAGCCCAGCCACCAGCCCAGCCACCAGCCACUAGCCACCAGCCACCAGCCACCAGCCCAGCCACCAGCCCAGCCACCAGCCACCAGCCACCAGCCACCAGCCCAGCCACCAGUCACCAGUCACCAGCCACCAGCCACCAGUCACCAGCCACCAGCCACCAGCCCAGACACCAUCCCAGCCACCAGCCACCAGCCCAGCCACCAGCCCAGCCACCAGCCACCAGCCCAGCCACCAUCCCAGCCACCAGCCACCAGCCACCAGUCACCAGCCACCAGCCCAGCCACCAGCCACCAGCCACCAGCCCAGCCACCAGCCCAGCCACCAGCCCAGCCACCAGCCACCAGCCACCAGCCACCAGCCACCAGCCCAGCCACCAGUCACCAGUCACCAGUCACCAGCCACCAGCCUCCAGUCACCAGUCACCAGCCACCAGCCACCAGCCACCAGCCACCAUCCCAGCCACCAUCCCAGCCACCAUCCCAGCCACCAGCCCAGCCACCAGCCCAGCCACCAGCCCAGCCACCAGCCACCAGCCACCAGCCACCAGCCCAGCCACCAUCCCAGCCAUCAGCCACCAUCCCAGCCACUAG